AUUAUGGAAGGCCGCGAUCGCCAUGAUCGAUCGAUUUAUGAUAACCUUGCGCAUGAGCCUAGUGGAAGCUUCCCAUCGCAAGUAGAUCUGACGGAUUCGGACCCCCUGCCGUCCUGGUGGAACGAUGACUCUGAUGAACUGGGGAAUCAAUAG